UUAUCCAAAAUUAUUUUUACUUCUACCAGUUGUAAGUCUACAAAAAAUGACCAACAAUAGAUUUUAUACAAAUUCUUUACGGAUUCCCUCAAGUAAAAAUAUUCAUCGCUACAGUUAUUCAAUUAUAUUUAUUUGCUUUUUACUAUUGUUUAUUGUAAAUGUUUCCAAUGAAAUGAGCUUUAAAAUUAAGAGGAAUAUAAAUAUGGAAAACAACAAUGGAGAAAUUAAAGCUGAACUAGUAAAUAAACGUUCUAUUCAAAGACGAUGGGUUCCUCUAAUUGAAGAGCUAAAAGAGGUUAAUGAACAAUAUCCAAUUUUGGGGCCUAUUGAUACAAGCAAACGAGAAGUUAGUGAAAGUGAAUUAAAUUCUCUUUUAAAAAAUGCCUGGCUUGGACGGUGA